AUGAAUCUAAAGUAUCGUAAAUCUACUGGAUGUCCUUCGAACAAGAUCGCUUUCUGGCUGGUGACUUUGGCCGUCAUUUGGAUAUCCUCUAGACCUGAUCCGUGCUGCCAUAACUGCGUGAAUACAGAUUCUGGGUUUUGUGAUGUAAUCAAUGCACGAUCGAUCAAUAUCAGUCGUUUCACUUUGCUGCCUGUUUUGGUUAAUCGAUUCCGCAAGUUCAACAAACGUGUUAUUGCUCCUCUUCACUGUCAUCAGUCCACUUGGAACAAACACGGUUAUCUAUGUUUAUCACCUCCUGAUUUUGAUCCCGAUAUAGAUAUAACCAUUUACAUGGAUAUCGCCACCAACCCUGGUCCUGUUCCACCUAGUAGAACUGACAAUAACAAUCUAAAAAUCCUGUAUUUAAAUGCUCGAAGUAUAAAGUCUUUCGUUUCUAUUGACAACAACUCAUCCAACAAAGUUUGCAAAAUAACUUUACUUCAAGAAUUGGUUUAUGGGGAUCAUUACGAAGUGGUCUGUAUCUGCGAGACGUGGUUAAACAAUACUAUCCUUGACUCAGAACUUCUUCUGGGCUUCAAUAUCUUUCGACAAGAUAGAAUGGGUAAGAUCGGCGGCGGUGUGUUAAUUGCAGUAAAAGAAGGCUUACAAGCUACUCGGCGUUGUGACCUCGAAAGAAAUGGUAUUGAAUUAUUGGUUGUACAACUCAAUAAAUCGAACAAUAAACUGGUCAUUCUUUACGUAUACUAUCAUCCUCCUGGUACUUGUUCUGACGGUCUUAAUCUUUUAAACGAUUCACUGCUUAGUAAUCCGGAAUCUAGUUGCAUCGUGUUAGUUGGUGAUUUUAAUAUUCCGUCUAUCUCAUGGUCAGAUAAUAGUUCAACUCCAAAUAAUUCUGGUGGACGUGCGAAUGGGGACGUCCUUUGUGAACUUAUAAGAGAUAAUUUUCUGCAUCAAUUUAUAGAGGGUCCAACCCACCGUGCUGGUAAUAAGCUUGAUCUGUUGUUUUGUAAUCGGGCUGAGACGAUAUCAGAUGUACUAACUUCUCCCUCUAACGAACACAACUUCCCAACCGAUCAUCACAUCAUCGAAUUCAGCAUAUGUACGAAGUUCACAAGAGCAAAACCUGUGCGACGUGUGGUUUAUGACUACAGACAAGUUGACUUUCCUGCACUACGUAGAGCUCUGACUGAAGCAUAUUUAGACAUACCUCUCACGCUGUGGAAGGACAAUUUUUUAUCCAUCGUCACCAGUUUUAUUCCAACUAAGAUUGUGAAGGACACCAGCUCUCCUCCCUGGAUUGAUGGCGAAGUUCGUCAUCUGAUACGUAAGAAAUAUACUGCUUUACGGAACUAUAGAAAGAACAAAACAGCGGAACGAAAACUCAAGUUGCGUACUUUGUGUCAGCAGAUCAAGUAUGCAAUUAGAGCUAAACAUAAAAUAUAUCUUGCGAAGAUCGAAGCAUCGUUCAAAGAAAAACCCAAAAUAUUCUGGAAAUAUCAUAAAGCAAUACUUAAUUUCCGUUCCGCUCUAAAUCCUGUUAUAACUUUUAAUAACCAUAUAGCGAAGUCUCCAAGAGAAAAAGCAGAACUUUGCCAUACAUAUUUCUGCUCUGUGUUUCGUCCAACUAAAACUACCGUGAACCCUGAAGUAUCCACCUCUUUGCCGCUGACCUCUACCCAAUUGUCAGAUAUAACCAUCUCAGAAGAAGAUGUUGUGCAGCAUCUAUCAAUCUUGGAUCCAUCUAAAGCCACUGGGCCUGAUGGCAUUCCCGGUCGGGUUCUAAAGGAAUGUAGUUCUGUCAUUGCUCCAAGCCUUUGCUCACUUUUCAAUCAUUCUCUUCAUUCUGGAACUGUACCUUCUGAAUGGAAAUCCGCUAAUGUAACACCAGUACAUAAGAAAGAUAAGAAAGAACCUGCUACCAACUACCGACCCAUAUCACUGUUAUCCAUUAUUAGCAAAGUCUUGGAGCGAUGCGUUUGCAAUCGAUUUUACGAUCAUGUUCGGGAAAUAAUCAAUAAAGCACAGCACGGUUUUCUCCAUGGACGAUCAUGCGUGACACAACUUCUGUCCACUCUACAUCAUAUUGGAUAAUUACUAGACAGAAAUAUCCAGACAGACGUUCUUUUUCUAGAUUUUGCUAAUGCCUUCGAUUCCGUUGAUCAUGGUAUCCUAUUGAAGAAACUGAAGGCUUAUGGUAUAUCAGGCAACCUUUACAAUUGGUUCACUGACUAUUUACGUGGACGUACUCAGCGUGUUGUUGUCGAAGGUGUUGCUUCAGAAUGGUCUCCAGUCACCUCAGGUGUCCCACAGGGGAGUAUCUUAGGCCCCAUGCUUUUCCUUCUAUUCAUCAAUGAUCUCCCUGAUGUAAUACCUCCAACAACUUCAACAGGGCUGUAUGCUGACGACACAAAGCUGUAUACGGCAAUAACAUCUCGCCAGGAUUGCGAUAAUCUACAAGGAGCUUUGUCAUACGUUGACGAUUGGAGUAAGGAAUCCAACAUUAACUUCAACACGUCUAAGUGCAAAGCCCUGACAAUAUCCCGACGUAAACAACCGAUUGUGUUAAAUUACCAUCUUGGGUCCGCAGAAUUGAUACGCGUAGAUAGCGAAGUUGAUCUAGGGAUCACCGUUACCAGUAAUCUCUCCUGGAAUAGGCACAUUACAAAACUUGUUACGAAGGCAAAUUCAACGCUGGGUUUAUUACGGAGAACUUGUCCCAUGUUAACGAAUUGCGAUGCUCGAAGAACUUUAUACCUGUCACUUGUGAAAUCACAACUAUCUUAUGCCACAGAGAUCUGGUCUCCGUAUCAGUCGCUUAACAAAAUUAGCUUGGAAAAACUACAAAGACGCGCCACGAGAUGGAUCCUCCAAGUGAAGAAAGGUGACAUUACAUACAAAGAUCGAUUGCUGGCCCUCAACCUACUACCGUUAACAUACGAUAGAGAGAUAAAGGAUUUAACGUUUUUCUUCAAGUUAUUGCAUGGAUAUUACGACUUAAAUGUUUCUGAUUAUGUGUCCUUUGUUAGUCAUUGUCGUACUCGUAAUUGUGAAAAUCCUUCUCUUAUGCUUAAAGUUCCGUCGUGUAAAACAAGUACUUUUCAGUCGUCCUUCUUUAAUCGUAUCGUCCCUCUUUGGAACUGUGUGUGUAAAGCAGCCUCGCCUGCAGACCUUCGUAGUUUAAUUAUGUUUAAUAAAUCGUUUUUGUCAAGAACGUACUUACAUUUAAUUACUACUAUUUUUGAUGUAGAUAUGACUUGUACCUGGUCAUUACAUCGAACUUGUUCAUGCCAUAGGAAUUAGUUCGAACAAAACAUAUGCGUAUUGCUUGUGUUUCACUCUCUAUGUUCUCAGUUCACAUUCUUAAUUGUGAGAGAAUUUAAAGUAGUUGGAUUCUCAUUUAAUACUAAAUCCAAAAAUUAUUAAGGUGCCUUUGCGCAUAGCGAUUGGUCGGGCCGAUUUGGCUCAGGCUGGAUUCAGUUUUAUUUAAAUAAACUUGUACAGAAAAGAAAAGUUUACUACAUCCGAAAAACUUUGGCUAUGGUGCACUUCUGCGUUCUGCCUAUUCUAAAGACCAUGUUAAACAGGGCUAUCAGUUUAUUACUGCAAUUUGUAACACAAUUUCUUGCAGAGCCAUAUAUAUAAUGCAUGCAGAAAUGCAUUCACAUAAAAAUUAAACUACUGUUAGCAUGUAUGGUCGAUAUUUCACCCUCAAAGUGCUUACAUAUGGAACGAAAUUUCACGUCAUAUUUUAUGAAUGCAUAGUAAAGAAAAUUCAGAAUGACCAAAUAAUUUCGUAAAUUACUCGCCUCCAAAGUACGUAUCUACGAAAAAUCACUUGUAUCGAUAUUUAAACAAAGUUUAAUGACAUAUUUUCGCUAUCUCAGUAUUAAAACUAACAAUAAAAAUUAAAAAUCUCUCCGAACAACAAUUUUCUUGCUAAGCAUUAAGCAAGCACAUGUGAAUGUAGCCCUGCUAUUGGCUGAAUUAUGGGCAGUUUACUUCUGGUCACGCGAGUGUUCGUCACAAUCUCCGACAAUAAGAUACUUUGUCAAACUCCCUUCGCUUGCUUCAUAACCUUCUUCACUAUCUCGCAUGCGCACAUUACAUAAUGAUUUUCUGAACUAAAUGUCAACGUCAAUUAGAUCUUGGGAUAUCGUACAUCGAAAUCAUAAAACCGUGUAUAUGUGUUAUGUUAACAUACUAGAAAUAUAUGUUGCAGGCGACAAAUUUUAAUCAAUUUUCUCUAAGAGUUUAUAAAUUAUAUCUUGUUAGUCACUUUCUCUACAACGCAGUCAUUAAUUAUAACUGAUAAGCCUUUGAUAAUAUUAUAAUUAUAAGUCAUGGCUUUAAAACCUUUCGCAUUCUAACUCAGUUAGCCUUCUCGGGCUUCUUCGCAGACAUCUCAGUCGGGUUGCUUUUAAUCUUAAGAAUGUUUUGAUGUUCAGGUCAAUGGGGAACUCCAACUGUGAGUCUUGCUGGUGUAUUUGGUAUGCUAGCGGGAGUUAUUGCUGGUGUUGUAGAGUCAAUUGGAGAUUAUUACGCAUGCGCAAGGCUAUCUGGAGCACCACCUCCUCCGUCACACGCUAUGAAUCGUGGGAUUGGUGUUGAGGGCAUUGCAUGUUUUCUCGCGGGCGCUAUUGGUACUGGAAAUGCAACUACUUCGUUUAGUGAAAAUAUUGGGGCUCUAGGAAUAACUAAUGUAAGCUAG